AUGAUAGACUGGUUUUUAAAAGUUAAACUAGAAAUCAAUUCAAGACCAUUAACCGCUUAUGCCGAGAAUAACCGGAAAGUCUGCAUGUUAGACUUGUACUUAGCAGUCAAAAGGGAGGGUGGUCAUCGACGUGUAACAUAUAAUCAUAUGUGGGCAGUGAUAGCAAAAGAUAUGGGUCUCGAUUAUGAUGAUGCAGAACUGAUGAGGCUUAUGUACGCUAUGUAUUUAGACGUAGUGGUUUAUUACUACAAGAUCAAAUGUAUUCAAGGUACUGCUGAAGAUAAGGAAGUCGGUGAGGAUACCGGUGCAGAAAGAAGAACCAGAAGCAUGGAACUUAUUGCCAGAACAAAGAUUAAUCAUCUGUACAUUAACUGUGGAGGCGAUGAAGUAAAUAUACACACCGUUAAAUAUGAAGGCGAUACAGAUAGAAAAGGUCCCUCCUCAUAUUACAAUGCUGGAAAUUGGGCGUUUAGUAGUACAGGAGCUUUCGUAUAUAAUCUAUAUUAUCUAAAUCGCUAUAUUCUUUCCAACAAUUCUAAUCUGCAUAAUAUCUCCAUGUUGGAGACCGCAUUAUAUACAAAAGCACGCACGGCUGCUAUUUCUCUGACUUAUUAUGGAUUGUGUCUUAUGAACGGGAACUAUACGGUCAAACUCCACUUUGCAGAGAUUAUUUUCACCUCACCAAAUUUCCCCAGGAAGCGUUUAUUCGAUGUUUAUGUGCAGGGGGAGUUAAAACUAAAGGAUUUCGAUAUUACAAAAGAGGCUGGAGGUAGUGGUAGGGCACUACUAAAGAACUAUACCGUCAAUGUUAAGAAUAACACACUCAAGAUUCAACUUUACUGGGCUGGCAAAGGCACUGUUGAAACUCCAUUACAAGGAAAUUAUGGUCCAAUUAUAUCAGCUAUAUCAGUUGACCCUAAUUUUGAAAUACCAAUUUCUAGAAAAAGGAUUGAAGUUGGUUUAAUAGUUGGGACAGUUGGAGGAGGACUCUUUUUUGUAUUUUUAAUCAUGGUUAUCCUUUGGAGAAAAGGCUACAUUAUGGGGGGAAAAGUAGAAGAUCGAGAGCUUACAGGAAUAGAUCUACAAACGGGUAUUUUCACUCUAAGACAGUUAAAAAGAGCAACAAAUGACUUUGAUCCAUCAAACAAGCUUGGAGAAGGUGGAUUCGGGUCGGUCUUCAAGGGUUUAUUAUCGGAUGGGACAAUAAUUGCCGUAAAACAACUAUCAUCACAGUCGAAACAAGGAGCCCGUGAAUUUGUCAAUGAAAUUGGCAUGAUUACUGCACUACGGCACCCAAAUCUUGUCAGACUUUAUGGAUGUUGUGUUGAAGGGAACCAAAUGUCACUGAUUUAUGAGUACAUGGCAAAUAACUGCCUGUCUCGUUCCCUUUUAGGUACGGACAAAAUGUCCAAAGCAAAGCUGACAUGGCCGAUGCGGUUAAACAUAUGUAAAGGAAUAGCUCGAGGUUUGGUUUAUCUUCAUGAUGAAUCACACCUGAGAAUCAUACAUAGGGAUAUCAAGGCGAGCAAUAUUUUGCUUGACGAGGAUCAUAAUGCAAAAGUAUCUGAUUUUGGUUUAGCAAAGCUUAGUGAUGAUGGGAAUACCCAUAUCAACACUCGGAUUGUGGGAACAAUGGGUUAUAUGGCUCCAGAAUAUGCCAUGGGUGGUCACUUGACUACUAAGGCAGAUGUUUAUAGUUUUGGAAUUUUGACACUAGAAAUUGUUAGUGGAAUAAGCUGCAACAAAAACAUCAGCUACAAGUCGGAGACCGAACAAUAUCUUAACCUUUAUGAUUGGGUAUGCCUUUUGCAUGUGAAAGGAACUCUAUUAGAACUUGUUGACCCAGACUUAGGAUCUGAGUAUUCACCCGAAGAAGCAUUGACAAUUAUACAAGUGGCCUUUUUAUGCACAAAAGGCCAUUUUUGUAGACCAACCAUGUCUCAAACGUUGAGCGUGCUAGAGGGUCAAACCAACGUUCAAGAUUUAGAAAAGGAACUGCUUUCUUCAACUACAUACCCUGAUAAGAAGCACUUAAUGAAACAACUUUGGCCGGACCAUAGUGAAAUCCACCCAACGCAUGGUGAACCACUUACGGAGUCCUUCGUCACGGAGUCCUUCGUCACGGAGUCCUUCAUCAGGGAGUCAUCGUGAGAACACGCUAAUGCAUAUUUGACGAUGUAUGAGGUGUAAAUAGAUUUAAACAUUAACAACUCAUCAAAGGGGGAGUUUUGGGCCUUCUUUUUGUAUCCAUAAAUCGAAUGUAGAAUUACAGUUUUGAUCAAACAAAUGUAUCAAAUG